ACAGCGUCAGCCGUGACACAAGCCGCCAGAACCCCGCAGACUCCGCCUUGCGCACAGCUAGAGGCCCAGGCCCACCACCUCCCGCACCUGCCCGCGCGCCCCGCAACCAGUGGGCACCACAGCAGGCCCCGGCCCUGCCCGCUACUCACCUGGGUCCCACCCCACCUCUCGCCGCCCUCCUCAGGCCCCACCACCUCUCGCUACACAUCUGAUCCCCGCCCCACCUCUACCACUCUCCUCAGCCCCAACCACCUCGCGCUACACUUCUGGGCCCCGCCGCACUUCCACCCUACUCCUCAGGCCCCCAUCCCUUCCGCUACUCACCUGGGUCCCGCCCCAGCUCACAGUCCUCCUCAGGCCCCGCCUCCUCCCGCUACUCACCUGGGCCCCACCCCACCUCUCGCCGCCCUGCUCAGGCCCCACCACCUCCCGCUACACAUCUGGGCCCCGCCCCACCGUCACCACCCUCCUCAGGCCCCGCCCCCUCCCUCUACUCACUUGGGUCCCUCCCCAACUCACCGCCUUCCUUGAUACUCACUUGGGCCCCGCCCCAGCACUCAGCACCCUCCUCAGGCCCCGCCCCCUCCCGCUACUCACCUGGGUCCCGCCCUACCUGUCAUAACCCUGCUCAAGCCCCGCCUCCUCCGCUCCCCAGUUGCUCACCUGGGCCCCGCCCCAGCUCUCCGCCCUCCUCAGGCCCCGCCCUCUCCACCCGGCUUCCUCUGCUCAGGGCCUCCCCGACCGGAACAUCUCGCCUUUUGGAGGCUACGCCCCGCCCUUUACGCUACAGAGCCCGGAAGUGUCUUGGACGCUCGUCUUUCCAUCUUCCGGCCUCGAGUCUCGCUCAGGCUCGGUUUUACCCCGGAGUCUAUUCGAAGGGGGCUGCUACGUCAGCGCGUCUCAGCGUAAGACGGCGCUAUUCCGCUGUAACAGCUUCCGGCGGGUCCUGAAUGUUGAUGUCCUGCAUCUAACGCGGUGUAACGCCCGAAGCCGAGCGAGCUCCGGAGGUGUCGGGAGGAAUUCCAGUAUCUGCUACGGUAACUUCAUCAGCCCGCCAAGAUGGCGAUGCAAGCGGCCAAGAGGGCGAACAUUCGACUUCCACCUGAAGUAAAUCGGAUAUUGUAUAUAAGAAAUUUGCCAUACAAAAUCACAGCUGAAGAAAUGUAUGAUAUAUUUGGGAAAUAUGGACCUAUUCGUCAAAUCAGAGUGGGGAACACACCUGAAACUAGAGGAACAGCUUAUGUGGUCUAUGAGGACAUCUUUGAUGCCAAGAAUGCAUGUGAUCACCUAUCGGGAUUCAAUGUUUGUAACAGAUACCUUGUGGUUUUGUACUAUAAUGCCAACAGGGCAUUUCAGAAGAUGGACACAAAGAAGAAGGAGGAACAGUUGAAGCUUCUCAAGGAGAAAUAUGGCAUCAACACAGAUCCACCAAAAUAAAUGUUUUCUACAUUUUCAUUUUGGACUAAAUCCCACAAAUGACAGCUACCACCUUUUUUUCCUUUUUAAUUAAUACUAAAUAUUGUGAUUUCUUAUUUGAGGUUCAAAAUGACCUGCUUGAAACUUUGAUACUAUUAGAAUACAUUAUGUUAAUAAACUUGUAGCUUUUUGUGAAA